CAUUUGACCCUGCACCAGGCACAUUGCUGGCAAGUUGCACAUGACUUUCCAAAGCAGGAGCAAAGGGAGGAGUUGCAAGACCCUCUCCUGCUUUUUGGCCCCAGGGCUGAUCCUGCAACUACUCUGCUCACUUUCUCCCAUUACUACCAGCCUCUCCAAUGCCGGGUCCUUUUGCACUUCGAGGGAUUCGCAGCACGAAUAUUUCUGUGUGCCCAGAAAACAUGGCAGAAGCUCCAGCUGGAUCCGGAAAGGUGACUCUUUUCAGCCAGAAGAAGCGAGGUGGACUCACCUACCGCAUCCCAGCCUUGCUGUACCUGCCCUAUGAGUCCACCUUCCUGGCCUUUGCAGAAGAACGCUCCUCGCCCAGAGACGAAGAUGCCAAGUUCCUGGUGAUGAGGCGAGGGAAGAAAGAAGGGACGUCUGUACAGUGGGGUCCUCUCGAAUCUCUGGAGACGGCCGUUCUGCCCAAGCACCGCACUAUGAAUCCUUGCCCGGUGUAUGACAAAAAGAACGGCACUGUUUUCCUCUUUUUCAUCUGCGUUGAGACUUACAUUACCGAGUUGUACCAGAUCCGGAUGGGGAGGAACGCCGCCAGGUUGUGUUACAUCUCGAGCCAAGAUGGCGGCCGCACCUGGAGCCAAACAACCGACCUGACCGAGGAAGCGAUUGGGGGCGAGAUACAAAACUGGGCCACAUUUGCUGUCGGUCCAGGUCACGGGAUACAGCUGAGCUCCGGUCGGCUAGUCGUUCCGGCUUACGCUUACCAUAUCCAUAAGCGUUUAUUCGGCCGGCCGCUCGCUUGCUGGACCAAGCCUCAUUGCCUCACAUUUUAUAGCGACGAUGGCGGACGGAGCUGGGCACGGAGCAAACCCCUGAAGAGGCUGCGGACAUCAGAGUGCCAAGUGGCAGAGUUGACGCGCCAAGAUAGCAGUCAGGUCUUGUAUUGCAACGCCCGCAGUCUCCACAAAUACCGUGCCGGAGCUCUGUGCGCGGACCGCGGGGACCAAUUUGAGAGCUCUUCCUUGUGCAAAGACUUGUGCGAGACCUCGCACGGUUGCCAGGGCAGUGUAGUGAGCUUCUCCCCCAUGCUGGAACCGUUGGAUCCGGACCAGAAGGAUGAUGGAGGCGAUACGACUCCAACGAGGGAUACCAGCCCCUUUUUGGCCAAGUGCGUCAAGUCGUGGCUGAUGUUCUCCCAUCCCACAAAUGGACACCGGCGAGUGGACCUGGGCAUCUACCUGAACAUGGACCCUUUGGAUCAGGGCUCCUGGAAAUCCCCCUGGGUGCUCAACCAAGGGCCCAGUGGCUAUUCGGACCUUGCCGUCUGCGAGGAGGGCAACUCGCAGAUGUUCGGAUGCUUAUUCGAGUGCGGGGUGUCCCACGAGUGUGAAGAAAUCGCCUUUCGGUUAUUCACCGACGCUGAGCUCCUGCGGAACGUGGCCCAAAGCUGUCCAUGCACAGUUUCUGCUGCAGAGUCACAAUAGUGGAGAGAUGAAUAAAUAAACACAAUAAUAAUAAUAAUAAUAAUAAUAAUAAUAAUAAUAAUAAUAAUGUAUUGUCGAAGGCUUUCAUGGCCGGAAUCACUCAGUUCUUGUGGGUUUUUUCGGGCUAUAUGGCCAUGUUCUAGAGGCAUUU